CAGUACAGUUCUUUCUUCGGCAUUUGACGGAUUUAGAAAAUGACUGGUUCCUAUUUGCUUGCCAUUUUAUUCUGCACUCAAGUUAUCCUGACAGCUAACGGCCGUCCUCUUGGUGAUGAUGGUGAGUGGAUGGAUGACGUAUCCCUUAAUCCAGAGAUUAUGGGCUUAAACGAUGAAGAGGAUAACUCUCUAUCGCGAUCUGCUUCGGCCGUCGAAGACAAUGGCGAAUGGGUGGACGAUGUCACUGGUAACAUGUUCAUCAUGGGCGAAGAUCCUUUAAGCCAAUCAACUGGAUUGUCUGACGAUGUGAACGCUCGUAAGAAACGAGAUGUUGGUAAGAAGAUUCUGAAACUUUUGAAGAAGGCGUCCAAGAAAUUGAAGAGAGACGUGAUCGAUACGUUGACCGUUGAUCGUGAAAAGCAAAGCCCUACAAAGAUUAAACUGGAGAAGACGUUGCUUCAGACUAUGAAGAAACCAUAGAAAUCAGCUGCAAAAAAUUCAAUGUUGUUAUUAA